AUGUUUCAUCCUCGGCCGUUCGGCGGUUCCGCCAAUAUAUUUGCCAAGUCCUCCAAGGGCGAGCAGGAGAACCGCAAUGAUGGUCAGUUGACUUCUAUACCUGAACCUGGAGCAUCUCAUCCCACCAACCAAGAGCGGAGUGAACCACUCCGUCGUCACGCACCCAGUGAUGGAAAAGCCUCCAGCUUUAACAGGGGCCAAGAGCACCGACGAUCCAUGGAUGACAAUCAGUCUUUCAGGGAUUCGAGAAGCUUCGCAGACUCCAAGUUACCUGCAAAGGGGAGGUUAUUUUCAGAUAGAAGAUUAUUUUCUGGUUCGAGGCCAUUGGUAGAUCCUAAGGAUUUUUCGGACUUGAAACCCUUAGCCGAACCAAAAGGUUUCGACGAUAUGAGGCUACAACCACCUAGCACAGGUGUGGAAAUAGCUUCUGCAACUAACGAUACACCGGAGGAGCUGCAAAAAAUUGUUGUACCUCCAGAUGCGCCACAAAAAGCAGCAUCGGAAGGUGUAUACGACAAGACUUACCUCUUGCAACUCAUGAUGCAUUUCCAGAAGCUCUACCAAGAGAAGGGGGUUGCGGCAUGUAAAAUGGACCCUCCACGAUUUAAGUUUGUUGAUUCACAUCCACCCAUGCAGCAUAACGCUGGCAUCCGCGACUUCGUCAAUGGACCAAGGGAAGGCAUCAUGGGUGGAUACGGCGGCGUUCCUCAGGCUAUGUUCGAUCACGGUGACCCGCAUCGCAAGUCAGUGGACCUUGUUUCGGGUCAGCGCCGCUCCUACUUUGACCAGCGCAUUCCUAAAGGAAAGGAUGCUUUCAGGUUAACUCGUGAUGGGUUCGAUGGAUCGGACUACCCCAAAAGGGGUGAUAUGCAAGGCCUCGAUCAACAGAUCGCUGAGGCUCACGGCCGUUGGAAUAAUUACGAAGCCCACUCCAUGAGAAACGAACGCAGGUUCAUGUAUGAGAACUACCAAUCUACUGAGGGGCUGAGCCUUCUCGACGACGAGCGUGCGUUACAACUUGGAAGGAUCGACCAUAUGAAACACGUCGUUCCGCCGUUUCAUUCCACCCCCGGGGGAGCAGGAUUGCACCACGAAUCAGAUGUUGGACUGCUCAGUUCUUUACAAAGUCAGAGGCGACCAGAACAUUACAACAUGCACGACCGCUACCCAUUUGAUGCAAACCAGGUCCGCCACGCCGAAAGUUUGAUGUCGCUGGGUGUCGACCCUGCGUCGUACCGCCGGCCUGCUGGUGACAUGCGUUUUGUGAAAGGUGGAAUGAUGGGACACGGAAUUCCAACAACUGGUCCUUCCGAACAGACGUUAUUGCAGUACACCGCACUUGCAGCAUCAGCUGCUAAGGCCCCCCAGACGUGGAAGACAACUCGAGAGCUUACGUUAUGGCAAGCUGAUGCACCGCCUGCUGACGAGCCAAUUCCCGCUGAUGACUCUGGUGUUUUUGAUUCGCCUGUACUGCAGGGUGCCAACCAACGCGUGUCGUUUUUGGAACGUUUGUUGGACAAGUCCUUCGAUAGCAUUGAAUCCAGUUUGGAUAACCCAAUUCUUGACACUGCGGCACAACUCCAGAAAGUAAUGAAUUUGGUGGCAAGCCAAAUGCGCUCGCAAUCUCAGGAGCAAGAACAAGCUGAACCACAGACGCAAGAACAGGAUCAACCUCAGGAACAACCAGAUGUCCAAACUCAACCUCAGGUUCAACCACAGCCUCAGGUCCAAACUCAACCUCAGGUUCAAUCACAGCCUCAGGUUCAAAUUCAACCUCAGGUCCACAUUCCGUCGCCUCAACAGAUACGUCGGAUGGAACCACCUGUCUUGCAGACAAUCAGUCUACAAUGGCAGUACAAAGAUUUUCACGGCGAAGUUCACGGUUUCUACUCUUCUAGCCAGAUGUACACGUGGUACAUCAACAACUUCUUCGCCCCGAAUCUACCAAUGCGGUACGACGAGAGAAUGCCGUGGACUUUGUUUAAGGAUUUGUAUCCUCCGAGCUACACCCCUUUUGUGGAUCCUCCAUUGGGUUACAUUCCGGAAGCGGCUAACCAACUCACAUUGCAGCAUACGCCCGGAUUUAUCCCAUCGGUAUCUGUAGGUCGUCCUGCUGUGCAGGAGGUUGAGACUCCGGCCGCAGAAGAGAGGGUACAAGCUGGCGACCCUGUUCGUGCCUCUGGAUUGCGAUGGAACAAGCCCGACGACGUGAAGGUGGACUCUUUGCUGGAAAUAAUGGAGAAGCAAAUGCGCCAAAGUGCUCCUAAGUCUGAACCACAGGUACCCGCAUCUCCUGUGACUACCAGGCCGUCACCCGGAUGGAAGGUUUCCGAUACUACAUCAGGCCCUGUUUCCGUUGCUUCAGACGAUUUCCCGUCAUUGGCUCUUGGUGCGGAGAAAAUUCCCAAAUCACGCAAGAAAUCCGGCGGUGGUUCUAACCAACCGCAACACCAGCAAAGCACAAUGUCGCUGAAAGCCUUCAUGAAAUACCAGGCACAGCUCCCCGACUCUACGCGGGGCCAACCUAAGGACUCAUUCGCACGGAAGCUUAUGGGUGACAAAAAGUGA